UUCAAAGUGAAUUUCUUUUUUUAUAGUCGUCAUUUCGCUUCCUGGCUUUAUUUCUGAAUACGGAUCGUUGCCUGAUGUUUUAAUUAUUUUUUAAUGAAUCUCUAAACUGUUAAUCAUUGCGUAAAGAGGCUGGAGACACGAUGGCUGCGGAGAAGACGGAGAGCAAUGGAAACGGAGCGCAUGCAGGACGACGCUGGCAGUUCGUGCGCAUCUGGCCGGGCGAGUACCUGUCGCCUGCCGAAGAGGGAUUGGUGUUGGUGGGGACGUUGAAGAAAGCUCAGGAUAUUGGCAAGAGCGUAGCACUGCUCAACCGCGUGCAGCCGCUGCCGGCGCUGCGCCAUCUGAAACGCGUACGACACGUCGGCGAAUCCCUCGGACAAAAGCGCACCGCCGAGAUAAUCGUCAGCCGCGCCGCUGCCGAUCACUCCGUGGACCAGGAAGUUCCCACCCACCUUGUCCUGACCGCCUCCGAGGAAUCCCCCCUGCUGGAGCUCCUCCAGCCCGCCUUGAUCGUCCGCCGCGUGUCCUUAACGCGGCCCCUGACGCAGCAGCACGUAACCGCCUCCCAGCGGCUCUGGCCCACCAUCACCCCCAAUCCGCUGGUCUGCCUGGACACCCACGGUCUGCCCGCCGCGGAGGAGGCCGUCCUCGGUGACUUCCUGGAGCUGUUGACGGAGGAGGACGGGGAGGGAGGGCGGACGUGUGCCGGCAACAGCGUCAUCAUUGCUGACGGACGCUCCGCCCACUGCUCCCUGAUUCGCGGGGCCAAGAGCGUGCCGGCCUCGCCGCUGGACCAUCCCGUGCUGCACGCGCUGGGGAUGAUGGCCGCCAGUCAGCGACAGUCCGUGAAGAAAGAGAAAGCGGCGUUGCCGGCGGAGGAGGGCGACGCCGGAAGCUAUCUCUGCACGGGGCUGACGGCCGUCUUGGCACGGGAGCCUUGUAUCAUGUGUGCGAUGGCGCUGGUGCACGGCCGCAUCGGGCGCAUCGUCUUCCGGCAGGCGGGAGCGGGCGACGGCGGCGUCCUGUCGGUGUACAAGCUGCAGGCCCUCAAGCAGCUCAACCACCGCUUCACCGUCUUCCACGCGCAGCCACGCCCAAGUUAG